UGUACGCCCGACCACGCAGAGCGAGAGGAAGAGGAGUGUGCAAGAGGGUGCGCGGUAGAGGGGUAGUGUCGUGAUGUAAUGUUGAUCUGUCAGUGAGAGAGUACGGAUGGCUGCGUGUGCCAGGCUUUGCGGAGUUGGGCAGUCGCGGAGGUGCAGAAGGCGACAGCGAAAGAACCAGCGAGACUCUGACACAGACCCCGAGCUCGAUCUGGAUGAAGAGGAAGAGCGGAUAGUGGGGAAAAUGCAAACGGAGGGCAGUGCGCGGUGCACGGCCGACACCGCUGCAUCAUCGCGGCCGGGGAAGGCAGAUAUUUCUAUGUCUGGUGCUGUUACAACAGCUGGCACUAGUGUAAAUAGACUUGGAUUUGAACCUCCAAACACCACAAAGCCUACCAGUAAUACUUUACUGGAUCUGCCUCCUGAGAUUCUGGUCGAAAUAUUCUCUUCUCUUCCCGGAACAGCGCUACCAAACCUGGCGCUGGUAUGCAAGAAAUUCCGGCAGAUCAUGAAUACGGAGACGAUCUGGAGAAGACGGUGCAUGGCUGAGUUCGGUAUGUGUGAAGAUCUACGGAAGAUGGAAGUUGUGGGCCUAUCCAGCAAGGAUCUUUACGUGAAAUGUAUUAACCCGCGAGUGAAGUCAGGGCGCUUUAUGAAGCUCCUUCCUGACUAUGAGCACAUGGACUACCAGGAUGUGUACACCCACUUGUUGCACCCAAACAGACACAUCCUGGGUUUGUGGCAGCCUGAUAUUGGACCCUACGGAGGGCUGCUCAAUGUUGUGGUGGAUGGCUUCUUCAUCAUUGGCUGGAUGUUCCUGCCCCCCCACGACCCCCAAGUGGAUGAUGUCAUGAGGCGCAGGCCCCUGUUCCGCAUUCACAUGUGGGAGACGAGCAAGGCCACUGUGGAGUGCAUGUAUGGACACAAGGGACCUCACAAAGGAGACAUCCAGAUAGUGAAGAAAGAUGAGUUUUCCACCAAAUGCAACCAGACAGAUCACCACCGAAUGUCCGGGGGGAGGCAAGAGGAGUUCCGCACAUGGCUAGAGGAGGAGUGGGGUCGUACUCUGGAGGAUAUCUUUAAUGAGCAUAUGCAGGAGCUCAUCCUGAUGAAGUUCAUUUACACCAGUCAAUACGAUAACUGCUUGACCUAUCGUCGUAUCUACCUCCCCCCAUACCUCCCGGGAGACCUGCUCAGACCGGGGCUCUUCAAGGGGACCUAUGGGAGCCAUGGGCUGGAGAUCGUCAUGCUCAGCUUCCAUGGCAGGCGGGCCAAGGGAACCAAACUCACUGGGGACCCCAAUGUCCCAGCAGGCCAGCUGACCCUGGAGAUUGACCUGUCCCGCCCCAUCCAGCUCCCGGAGAUCGAGAAGCAGCACAGCAUAGAAGAGUUAUCUCGUCUGGUGCUGGAGGUCCACGAGCAAGUGCAGCGAGAGAGCAAUCCUGCCCAGAGCGGGAGCACAGAGCCAGAGGCCGAGGGACAAGGAGAAGGAGGAAGAGAGGAGAACCGGAAUGGACUGGGUGCAGCCCCUGCCACCCCCACCACCGCUGAAGGAGCCGAGGCCAGCGCUAGUCCACUCCCAGCUCCACAGCCCUUUGUUCUGCCACAGGGAGUCGUGGCACGGAAUGAAGUUUACCCGCGCACGUGCAGAAUAUGUUUCUAUGGGACGGGGCUGAUUGCGGGCCAUGGCUUCACCAGUCCGGAGCACACCCCGGGGAUAUUCAUCCUGUUCGAUGACAACCGCUUCGGUUUCAUCUGGCUGGAGCUCAAGUCUUUCAGCCUCUACAGCAGAAUCACGGAUACACUGCAGUACGCAGAGGCCCCCACCUUGGAGGCUUUUGAAGAAAUGCUGAAGAGUAUGCAGUCUUGGACCUCCUGACAAGCCAAAUCUCCAAAAAUGGGAGGGAAUUACAAGAAAGAAAGCAAAUAAUAAGUUGUGAUUAAAAAAAAAAAAAAAAAACACUAAAGCAAGCCUGACCUCGGUACCUCUCCGUAGAAGCAUGCACUUUUACACAGCUUUUAAAAGUAAAAGAAAAUAAAAACAUAUUAACGAUAAAGUACAUUUAAAAAGAUAAUUUUGAUGUGUUGUCAGAAGGUUUGAUGAGGCUAGAGUCUAAUUAUUUAAAGCUACAAAUCCCCCCUCGCCUUUUAGUUUCUAGAAAGCUGCUGGAAUUGCCGUCCUCUGAAAUAGUUUCACACUUCGAUUGCAGUCAAUCUCUGUGGUUCUUACUGCAAUUUCUCAAAUACCAUGCUUUAGUUUAGGAGCUGCCCUUCAGAUCUAGCAGCCUGCCGUAGAUAUGUAAUGUAAGCUAGAUCAGCCAAAUGGUCUUAUUAGAAGUUAGAGCCAUCAGCAUCUAUUAAUCUGCAACUUUGGAUCAUUGUGCUUUGCUGGAAUACACUGUUGUGCACUAGAAGGUGCUGUUGUUUACUAAUGUAAAGACACUAAGGCUGAUCUAGUCUACAUUCCAGCUAUUUAUGGCUGGGAACUAGAACUGAAGAGCAGCACCUUAAAUACCAUAAAAAAGGUAAAAUAAUAACAAAAAAGAACAUGUAUAAACCAAGCAACACGAACUGGGUGUUUUUACAGGGUGUGAUUAAGAAGUGCAGUAACCGGUUCCCUGGACUGUUUCUGCACUCAUCUCAAGCUUGAAAAGGAUUAUAAAAAGGACUAUAAUUUGAAUACUACUUCAGUGUUGCUAGUAAUUCAUUCAGUAUAGAAGCUACGUGUGGGUGUUGCUUUCCUGUCCAGAUUUCCCUCGAGUGUCUUCUAUAUUAAAGUGAGUGAACUAACAAAUAUUUGAGAGAUCCUGCAAUUCCAUUCAGCACACAGCUUUCAGAACCACAUGUUAAAGCAAACAAUUAGUUUCAUUUGAAAAACUGCUGAUACCUGGUAUUACACUAGGUUCAGGUACAUGGUUGUCAUUUCCCCUACCACUCUACUACUUCCACGCGUUUAUUCCAUCAUGAACCGACUGCUUGACUGAUAUGCUGGGAACAUUCCGCUGCAGGGAAAGAACCUAGGAAAUGAAGCAAUAACAGACUUCCUAUGAAAAUGCAUGUUUGCUACAUGUGUUUAUUUCAGAACUAUACCUUUAAGACCUAAUUAACCAAUGGCAUUGCGCGACAUGUAAGAUUUAGGGACUAAGAUUUUCCUUUAAAGGCUACUGUGAAAUCAGUAGUGCAUACCUGUUUUUUUUUUUUUUUUUCUAGAAUAUGUACAUUCAAAUGAAGCAUGUCUCUGAAGCUGAGCUACUCUUCAGGUGGAGGUUAAAAUCUUUGUCUAUGCUAAAAUCUCUUUCAUAAAUAAUGAUAAUAAUAAUAAUAAUAAUAAUAAUAAUACAAGCUUAAAAUUCUACUUGCUAUUGCUUUUUAAUGUUAGUCACCCAUGUAUUGGUAAAUACUAUUUUUUAUUCGUUAUUGAUACAAGGAGAUUACAAGUGUGACAGAAUGAAUGUUGGUGAAAAUUCAAUUUGUAUUGUUUUGUUUGUUUGAUUUUUAAUGCCAACAAUUUAUUUUACACAAUUUAGAUAUCAUACAAAGUAUGUUCUAUAGUAUAUUUUAGAAAAUAAUAUCCGACCCACCUGAUAGUAUUAAAACGUAAGGAGGAUAUUAGGCCAUUAUAGAACUGUACUUCUUCCCAGCAAACAGGGCCUUUUACAAUCUUCAUUGUAAGCAGCGGAUGGGAUGGCACUAAUACCCAACACACAUGACAUUAUCAGUCAGAUUAUUAACAUUUCACCUAUCAUUAAAUCAUCUUGGUCUGUAGUCUUACAAGUCAUUCCCACUGGUCUGCUGAUGAUAGUAGUGCGUGUUCCUGAUUCUUAAAAUGAACUAUGCAUUACAGCAAUAUUGCUACAGUAUUCAUUUUCACCAAUCCCGGGCAAAACUGUGUUUUAUUAUGAAGACAAGCCUUUACGUGGAAAUCACCAAUACUGGUAAAUUUGUAAUAGGACAUCAAUUUUAUUUUAAGGACUAGGAACGAAAUAUGAAUAGAUUUUACCUGUAUAAACAUUUUGCAAAACAAAUAAUAAUAUAUACAGAAUAAUAUAAUCAGGUGGCUUGGUUUUUGUAUGAUCCUAUGUUGGAAAAAGGUUUCUUGAAUUUUGCAUAAAAUCUAUUUAUUUAUCAUUCUCUUGUGUGCUUUAGUUUGGUGCAAUUUAAUAGCAAUGCUAACAGGUGACAAUCGCCCUGUACUGCAAACAAAAAUUGGGUUACCAUUUCCUCCUGUGUCAGUGAACAGGGCUCUUUCAAAGACAUCUGAUUGUGGGUUGUUGUGCUUUAGCACUAGCCGGCAUUAGUGGAGGCCCAGGAGUCGAUUCACUUGGUGGAUUUCAAUACCGCUCCAUUUAAAUAAGUGACAUUAAACAAAGCAGUCAUGUAAAAAUACGUCCAUCUCAGUGGCUCAGCGGUAAAGGCACUACCGCAUGGAGUGCAGGCAGAGGUGGCUGGUUCUAAUGCUGCCAAGUUGCCAAUCUUGGCUGGUGGCCCACAGUGGCCUUUGCACCUCUUUGCUUAGGGGGAUUGUGGGAUCUCUGUAAAUUACUUACCUACAAAUUACAAUAUAAUGGUUGAUUGUCUUUGGCAAGUGGAAGUCUUUUACCCUUAAUAAAGCCACCGAGUCAGGUUCCUAUGCAGAAGGGUUCGGGCUCAUGUGAAAAUGAAAAGAAUGGGUAAUAGGCUCCCGCAUUUAAAGUGCACCUUUUUUGCAGGGUGCCGUAUAGUUUAACGAAACUAGACAAGCAUAUAAUUUUAUAUGUAAUACUAUGUAGCUAACUUAUUUGAUUUGAAAUCUGUUUUGCAGUGUGAUGCAUUAUAAACAUAUAAACAUUGAAUUAUUACUUGUAAUAGGUGAUUUUUGUUUUCUAUUCAUGUAAACUGCUGUUUGGUUUUCUGAGUUGUAGUUUUUUUUUUUUUUUCUUGUGUUUUAUUAUAUCGGGAAAGUAAAAAUAUUUAGAUUUAGAAAAAGUUUUAAAGGGGAAGCUUCUAAAUGUGAUAAGAAAUGUCAUUUUCAAGACCGUUUCGUGGCUGGGGGCAAGAACACUUAACACAGAGGUACAACUAUUUAUCUUUUAUCUUUAAUAAACAUUCAUUAAUCA